AAGAGGAUAACUGCAGAAGCCUUUAAUAAAUAAUGUCAAUUCAGUUGUUUGUUUGUUUUUUUAGUGUGUGAGCUAAAAAGGGUAGUUCAGUUUCAGUGUUUAUAGGUGUAACCUUAACUUUUGAUAUAAUUAGCAAUCAUGCAGAUUCGUUUAACUGGUUAAUCAAAGGGUGACAUACAACCAUAGGCUUUGAAAUUAUUCCUGAACAUCGUUUCACAGGCUCAGAUAUUAGUCUUAACUGAGCCCAUAUUAGUUGAGGCAAAAGGAAGAAACUUGAUCAUAGUCAUUUGAAAGCAAAUGGUUUUUGGUCACAUCUCUGACCACUGAUAUCCAUUAGUCGUACAUCAGAUAGCGCAUGACAGAUGUAAAUGGAAGUGGUUGAUCAAUACAGUCCACAGUAAACUGGGCGAGGCUGUGCUAGAUAAACCAUCAGUCGCACUUAGGAUCCUUAGAAGACAUAGAUGCUUUUUCAGAUGAAGCCCUCAAAGAAGAGUAUGUCUGAGCUGGAGAAUGGCAUGGUCAAUAUUAUCCGAGUUUUCCACAAAUACACGGGUCACAAGUGCAAGCUGAGGAAAGCUGAGCUUAAAUCGCUUAUCGACAAUGAGAUGAGUCAUUUCAUAAUGAAAAUCCAAGAGAGUGAAACUCUGGAUGAGCUCUUUGCGGACCUCGACCAGAACGGAGACCUGGAGAUUGACUUCAAAGAGUUCAUCACCCUCAUCGCCAUGGUCACCUCAGCUUGCCAUGAACUCUUCAUCCCCAAUCCCCAUGGAGCCGGCUGCAGUCCCCAGAAGAGUCCCAUUGGCUCACAGCCCAAAUAUGAACCCCCAACUGAAUGAUCCUUGGUCACUUUGAAGGG